AUGUGCCACAACCUGAUCAUCGCCCUCGCCUGCGGCUGCCGCACCCCGCCAGCCCUUAUACUCUGCGCCGACAGCGAAGAAGGACGCAUAUGCAGCUCCUCCUCUUCCUCCUCCACUACUACUAUCACCACCAUCACCGCUAACCCCACCACCAUCACUAGCAACAACAGCAGUAGUAGGAGUAGUAGGAGUAUUAGUAGCCUGCUAACCGUGGAGCAGAAAUCAAUCUACUACUGCCGCAACAGCAGCAUAUGCCGGUACCGCGCGCACACGCGGCUGGGGCGGCAGAUGAGGUAUCUGGAGGAGGAGAUGGCGUGGCGGCAGAGGGGGUGCGAGGGGCAGCGGGUAGGGUAG